GAAAGAGCUCGCGUGUGAUGUGUUUGUUUAUCCUCAGUGUUUUUCUCUCUUGAGUGUUUUAUUGAGUGUAAACAGAGUCUUGUCUCUGUGUAUUUUAGUGUUGAUGAUGAGAGAUGAGAUGUGCUGUAAAUCAGUAGGAACUGAUCUGUCCAUGCUGGAUAUUGAUGAUUUCAUCACAGAAAUCUCUCAGCUGAAGAAAGAGGUGGCGUUACUGGAGACAAAGCUGAGGUUAAGAGGAGAUGAAGGACUGAAGAGAGAGGACUCCGAGCUCAGUCUGACUUUACUCUGUUAUACUGAGUCAAAGCCCACAGACGCUCAGGACACUACAGUGUGUGACAGUAAUCAGGGCUUACAGGAUGAGGAAUCUACUGAUCAAACCUCCACAGAGUCUCUGGAUUCUGUCUGGAACGCUGGAGAACAGCAGCAGAUCCUGCAGACCAAACUCACGAUGUGUUCAGUCAAACUCAUCGACUGCAGGAACCUCAUGAUGAAGAUCAAAACAAAACCUAAACCAAAUGAACAUGAAGGCGAUCAUGAUGGUCAUGAUUUUAUUUUGUCAGAUGUGAGGAGUGAAUUAUGUUUGGAUGGAGAAAUAGCAUCUUCGACUCUUUCCUGCAUCACUGGUGGAGAGACAUUGAGCUCACAGAGACAUUUAAAGAGACGUGAGAGAAAACGCACAAAACAGAAACUCUUCACCUGCACCAAAUGUAAGAUCAGCUUUACUACCUUACAAGAAAAGAGACGUCAUUAUUCAAAAGUGCACAAAGAGAAGAAGAAGCAGUUUCACUGUCAGCAGUGUGGGAAGGUUUUUGUCUUCUUAUCUCAGCUAAAACGUCACAUGAGGACCCACAAUGGUGAAAAGCCUUUCCACUGCACUGAAUGUGGCUAUUACUUCAGCAGCAAACACGGUCUUAAUGGUCAUAAGAGAAUUCACACAGGAGAAAAACCAUACGAGUGUCCUCACUGUGAGAUGAAAUUCUCAGAAAACACCUGUUUAAAGAAACAUGUGCGUAUACACACCAACGAGAGACCAUAUAAGUGCAAUCAAUGUGACAAAGCCUUUAGGGAUUCAGGUUGUCUAAAGUCACACCAAAAAACACACUCUGAUAAACUCUAUCAAUGUUCACACUGUGAUAAACGUUUCAGUCUAAAAUCUAAUCUGAAAGUCCAUGAAAGAAUUCACACCGGAGAGAAACCUUACUACUGCUCGAUUUGUGAAAAGAGCUUCACUGGUCUAAGUGCAAUUAUUGUUCAUCAGAGAAUUCACACUGGAGAGAAACCUCAUCACUGUAAUCUUUGUGGGAAGAGUUUUACUCGACAUGACAAUUUUGUGAAACACACGAGAAUUCAUACAGGAGAAAACCCUUUCAAAUGCUCUCAGUGUGAGAAGACGUUUACUGAGUUAGAUCACUUAAUAACCCAUGAGAGAGAUCACAUUGGAGAAAAACCUUACUUCUGCUCAAUCUGUAGAAAGAGCUUCCCUGAUCCAUCUCAUGUCAAAGUUCAUCAGAGAGUUCCUACUGGAGAGAAACUUCAUCACUGUAGUGUUUGUGGAAAGAGUUUCAAUCGACAUGACAGUUUGGUGAAUCACCAGAGAACUCAUACAGGUGAAAAACCUUACAAAUGCUCUCACUGUGAGAAGACAUUUGCUCUUUUAAAGUCCUUAAAAGUCCAUGAGAGAAUUCACACCGGAGAGAAACCUUACGACUGCUCGAUCUGUGGAAAGAGCUUCUCAAGUCCAUCUAAUUUCAGAUUUCAUAAGAGAGUUCACACUGGAGAGAAACCUCAUCACUGUAGUGUUUGUGGGAAGAGUUUUAGUCAACCUCAAAGUUUAGUGUCACACCAGAGAAUUCAUACAGGUGAAAGACCUUACAAAUGCUCUCAGUGUGAGAAGACGUUUGCUCAUUCAUCAUCCUUUAAAGCCCAUGAGAUACUUCACACAGGAGAGAAACCUCAUCACUGUAGUGUCUGUGGGAAGAGUUUUAGUCAACCUCAAAGUUUAGCGUCACACCAGAGAAUUCAUACAGGUGAAAAACCUUACAAAUGCUCUCAGUGUGAGAAGACGUUUGCGCGAUCAAAUGACCUGAGAACCCAUCUAAGAGUUCACACAGGAGAGAAACCUUACCAGUGCUCUAUCUGUGGAGAGAAAUUCACCUAUUCUGGAAGUCUUCGUGCUCAUCAGAAGAAACAUACUGAAGAACAAACUACACUUGAAAACAUAGUGAAUCUAUACACGCCAGUGCUUUAGAGCAGUGGUUCUCAAACUGGGGCUGUGAGAUUGUGCCAAGGGGGCCAGAGUUUUAUGAAAUUUUAAAAAUACAUUAAUGUUUCAUAAAUUCUGUGUAAUAAAAAAAUCUGAAAAGUAAGGCAAUGCAUUGUAUAAUUUAAUAGGUUUUGUUUAAUUACAAUAUUAAGUUUUAGAAUUUUUUUAGUUCAUACAUUUUCCUGGGGGGGGGGGGUAAAGCCAGUGAUUUCUGAUGAUAAAUCCAAUUUCCUUAAGUCCAAUUUAUAGUUGUGUGUAAGUACUAUGCCGAAGAUUAUCUGUAGUCUCUUAUUUUUUGUCCUUGGCCAAUCACAUGCCUUGUAUUUAAACAUGCAGUUAGCUACAUUUGAGUUUUAUAACAGUGCAUGCAAAUAAUGCAGCAAAAUACAUUACACAACAAGACAACAACUCUAAGAAGUGCUGUGUUGAUUUUAAAGGGCCCAUGGCAUGAAAAUGUUAGCAUUGCCACUUUGUAGGCGUGAGCAAAAAUUAGGUCAUUGAAAUUUGGCCCUCUUUAUGAUGUCAUAAGGAGCUCUUAUUAUAAUAAUACCACCCCCUUAAUCUGCACUAUCCAACCACAUCACUGCCAUUUAGUGCAGAGGGAAAGAAAAAAUAAUUGACAGCGCAAUUGAGUUUGAAUUGCAUCAAACCACCAUCAUUGUGAUCAGUGUUUGCACUUCAUCCGCCAAUUUGCAUUUUAAAGGACACAUUUUUGCUCACACCUACAAAGUGGCAGUGCUAACAUUUUCAUGCCAUGGGCCCUUUAACCCAACUGCUGGGUUGUUGUCAAUUAACCACGAGUUGAAACAACCUAGCUGUUGUGUUCUGUCCAAUAGUGACCCAACCCUGGGUAAAAACGACCCAACACACAGUUUACAACUUUGAUACAAGUUUAAAACAAAGACCAAUGAGGAGAAAUAUGCGCUUGAUUCGUGCUCUAGUUUGCUGUUUAGCAUUAUAAACGUAGGCUACAUAGCAAAAAAUCUAAUUUAUCAAAUGAGCUGUAAAAUAUAAGAUUGAAAACGUAGGAAUGUAGUAAGAUGGUCUUGGUCUGUUUGAAUGUAUCAUGUUGGGUUUGGUCAUAUGAUCAAGGGAUGAUAAAAGACAAUGUUUGCAUAGGCUCUGGGCUAUUUUUUUCUUCUUCUGGGAGAUCUCCAUGAGCUCUGUUCUGGGACUCCGUUCAUUUUCUAUGCUCUUCCUCUUUACUUAAGCUCUGGGGUAAAGGCCAUAAGGCCAAGAUUCCAAUUCUCAAGUUUCUUCCAAAUUUUCUUUUUUUCUAACAUUCUUUCUUUCUCUGUUCUCUUUACCAGUGCUUCCCAAUCCUGGUCCUUGAGGACCCCCUUCCAAAAAGUUUUAGAUUCUCCUUAUUUAACACACCUGAUUUAACUCAUCAGCUUGUUUGGGUGCCAAAUGGUUUACCAUUUUGAAAGGAGGCUGAUUAGUUGAAGAAAGUGUUUUAAAAUAGGAAACAUUUAAAACUUUUUGAAAGGGGGUCCUUGAGGACCAGGAUUGAGCACUGCACUUUACUAACAGGUAAUAUCUCAUACAUAUUGGAAACAGUUCAUUGUAUUAUUACUUACCAUUUAAUGUAUUUAUGAUGUAACAAUUUCAAUUGUAACUUUAUUUCAGUACUGUUAUUAAACUUGAGAGUCCAUGCUUUGAUGACAUCAUGUAAUGCAGACCUUGGAGGCCCUUCAGAACUUCAUCCUUUUAUCCAUCUUAUUUUCAAACGCGGAAGUAAAAGAUGUGACUUAUUUCCUUUUUUGUAUGAGACAUCCGUUUUAAUAUCCAGCCGGUAGAAAACAGUGUUGUGGGACGUAGCAUAAAACAUGAUUUAAAUAGUUAUAGUAAAUAUUUACAGGUUUUUGUACACGGGGGUGAAGGGGGUUGGGUCCUUAAUCUAAUUUAUAUUCAUGUGUUAGGUCUACGCUGUAGCUACGCCAUAGAUUAUCUGUAGCCUCUUCUUUUUUGUCCUGUUAUUGGGGAACUUGGGGGCACUUGACCAUAAAGGAUAAACUAUGUUCCCUCUGUAUGCCCAGAUAGCAAGCAACCAUUCAAACAAUGUUAAAAAUUUUGAUUUGUCAAUGUCAAUGAGU